UCGUGGCGUUCCCGCCGGCUUCCCGACGGUCGAAAAACGUUGGCGUCUUCCCUCUCGCAACGUGUGUCUCCGGUUGCCGCGAUCGCGACAGCGCAAGUGCAUGUUCUGUCUCGGCUGGCCUGCCGCUGUGCUGCUGCUUGCCAUUGUCGUCUUCCGUAUCAUGGAGAUUCGUCCGAUAGGGAGGAAGCGGGGAGGGUCAAGGGCCACAAACAAGUCUACAGAACCGCGCGCGGGGCGGAGAGGCAAGAAGGGUGCGGGGGAUACGUCGGCAGGCGAGGUAGCAAAAAGCAGGAAUUUUUGGACCGUGGACCACAUGAUUGCUCUGAUACGAGCUAAGAGAGACCAGGAUUUGCAUCUGGCCGGCCUCGGCCACAACAGCGUAAGAAUGAAGAUGAAGACCUGGAAGUGGGACGACGUCGAGAAGAGACUCGUGCAGAUGGGGGUGAUGAGUAGAAAGGUCGAGGACUGCGGGAAAAAAUGGGACAGCCUAUACCAGCAGUUCAAAACUGUGCACAAGCUCAUGGGAGAAUCGGGGAAGUCAAAUUUCUUCACACUAACACCGAGGGAGAGGAAGGAGCGGGGGUUUGAUUUUCGGAUGGAUGAGUGUGUGUAUUCGGAGAUAAAGGCCAUGUCUAGGGGCGAUCACACUAUACACCCCACAAAUCUCGCGGACACGGGUGUGGCUGGAUGUGUUCAAAUGCCUUGCCCACGUGGAGGUCGGAAUGAAUCCGGCGGUAGCGAGGGAUGCGGGGAUGGACAGGACGACGAUCAGGGAUCGACGAGGGAUUCAACAUUCAGCGGCGUUGGUGGUGGCGGGGGCGGCAAACGGAAGAAUGUAAGACAACAGACCUUCGACACGAUUGCGGACGUCAUGAAGGACCACGGGAAUCUGAUGGCGACGACGGUGGACAGCGCGAGCAAGAGGCAGUGCUCAAUUCUGACGAGGCAAUGCGACAUUCUCGAGCGAGAGCUAGAAGUGCAGAAGGAACACUACGUGAAGGCCGACCAGGCGAACUUCAUGAUGUGCAACGCCCUUCUGGAGAUUGCUAAAGCGAUCCGCGCUGUGUCGUCGCCCGUACGUCGUACGGGGGGUCUCCGUACGGCCCGGACGGACGGACGGACGGACGCCCGUAUGGGCGUACGGACGACGACCGGCCCGGGGAAACCAUUGAGGGAGGCGGCAGGCGACUGCGCAGACUACUUCGUCGCCAUCGCAAAUGGAGACGUAGGAGCUGAACCGCCUGCGAUGCUCGUAAUGCCGUCGAAUGAUGUGCCGCUCUUCAAGAUCGAGGACCCUGCGCACCGUGAACCAGCUUUGCGCAGAGCGCGCAACGUGGAAAAAUUGGUGUUGCGCACCUUCCACGGCUGGAUCUUUAAAUCGUCGUCGAGGUCGACUGGCUUCGCUCGUGCAGAGUCGUACAUCAACGUGGACUCAGCUACAGACGUCGCACGAGCAGUUUGGCAGGGAUACGAAUGGUCGAAAGUGGUUUCCCUUGCCUUGGUCUACCACACGCUGGCGAUGAAGAUGGACGUUCCUCUGUGGUUCGCGGGGGUGAAGAUUGUGGACCAGCCUGAAGACGAUGACAUGGCGGCGCGGUAGGAGGCGACAGUUCUUCGCGUGGCGGAUUGCUGGACAGAUGCAGUCUGGUGUGGACAAUGGGCGGACGGCGGCCGCGUGAAACA